CGCCGUGAAUCAUGUUAUGGUAAGAAGAGGUCUUGUUAACGGCUCUGAUACUCAUUUUUUGAGACCGUGGUACGUCGUAUCUGCCAUGCCGGAAAACAAAUCAGCCGAGAAACUAGUAUCAACGAGGACGAAGAGAAAUUGUGAAGUUGACCCAGUGGAGCGUUUGUCGAAAGUUCAUCUACCUCCACCGGCGAACCCUACAAAGCCACUCACACCAUUUUCGAUACGGGAUAUUUUGAACUCGAAAUCUCCAAGUAGGCGAUAUCAUCGAUGGUCGAAAGAAGCUGACCAUCACCAUGUAGCCGUACAGCCUUGUAGACCGCAUGGUAGCCGUCAUGUCACUGCCACAUCCAGCCAGAUGACUCCGGAUUCACCACUGGACGCUUUAGAAGAACUCACUCAAGAGACGUUCAAAGGACUGGAAGAAAACAUUAUCAAAACUGCCGAGGCAGCGAAAGAUGGAAAAAAAUCGCAUCUCAAUCUAUUCAGUCAACGCAAUUCUUCAUCUAGGAAAAAAAGAAAAUCUCGAACAGCUUUCACAAACCAACAGUUAUUCGAACUGGAAAGACGGUUUAUGUAUCAAAAAUACUUAUCGCCUGGAGAUCGAGACGAAAUAGCUUCGAGUUUAGGCCUAAGUAGUUCACAGGUUAUUACGUGGUUUCAGAACAGACGUGCGAAAUUGAAGAGGGACGUAGAGGAAUUGAAUAACGACCUAUCUGCUGCCAAAACACUGACCACAGAGAGUCACGAUGAUGACGACGAAGAUGAUGAUAAUGGCAGCGUUAAUGAUGGCGAAGAAGACAUUACAAUAGACGAAAGUUGCUCGGAUACAUCUAUGAAAUGAAUAAUAGUGAUGUGAUCAUGAACAUAUUUGGCAACCUCUUUUGAUAUUGAACUAUGACGACGAUAUAAUAUGUAUGUAAUCUCGCCUAGUUUGUAUAUUUUCGGAGAAGGAAAGAACAUAAAUGGCGGAAUUAACACACUUCCAUUGUUAAAUAACACAUGGCCCACUAAUUUUGUCUUUCCAGAACAAUUAAUUAUUUGAAUUCUUCUAAAGAGAAAUGAAAUAGAGGACAAUAUAAUGUGUUUUUUUUUACUAUGAGAAAUGAUAGACGGUGUCUAACUAACAAAAACGAGUGUUAUUUUGUAUAUAUUACGUAUACUCCGAAUAUUUGCAUUCGAUGUAGCAUGACGUCGUUUCGACGCCCUGGUUCCAUCCACUGCCUGGUUUAACCAGAUAUACGCUAUUUUCUCUAUGAUGGUCGUAGUACUAGAUUUAUCCAAAGUGACACCGUGAACUUGUUUGGACAUUUUGAAUACUGCUAUCGAGUACGUAUGUUACCUAUUGUGAUAAAUAUCCUUCACAACUUGGUUAGAUAAUAAAUGUUGGUUUUCUUUUAAAA